UCUUCAGUCUACUCUUCAUAGUUCACUCCACUACUCCAGUCUUCGGCUCUUCGCCUCCUCGCCGUCUUCAGUCUUCCUGCUUGGUUGCUGCCGCUGCUUUCGCCGACUGCUCGGCUUCCUCCUUUUGCCGACUGCUUGGCUUCUCAGUCAACUACUCCAGGCUUUGGCGUCUUCGGUCUUCCUGCUUGGUUGCUCUUGUGGACUUGCCGAUUUGCCGUCGGUGCUCAGCACGAAGUUCUAUCUUAACAAUUUCUUUGUUCUCUGGAGCCUGGAGUACAAAGGUUAUGUCAUUGGAUCAUUGGAUGAUUGCACGCAUGAUUACUUAUUUGUUGACCAUGAUCAGGGUUUAUCUUGCUUGAUCAUGAGGAUGUGACAAACUUUAUUCAAAUAAGAAGUCGAUCUUGAUGGGGCCUAGUAAGGUUGCUGAUUUAGUGAUCGUGUUGAGCUAAGUUAAUCAUCUAAAGCAAAUGAUUAGAUGCCAUCGUUACAAAAUCUCCUCCUCUGCCAUUGAAAGAGAAUCAAUAGCCUGUACUUAUUAAGCGAAAAUAAGAAAAUUCAAGACAGCACAGAAUUUCUAGGAGACUGCUGCGACUGAUAAGAAAAGCAUGGCCACAGCGACGAUGACGAUUUUCACGUAGACGUCAGCUUCGCUGAAGCUUCUCGAGCGCUCUGAGUAUUAGCAGAAAGGCUGAGAAAAGGCAAAACUCAAGCUACAUUGUUUUAUUGCCUUUGCAAUGGAGGAGCCUUCCUUUUUCGACAAAAUGAUGCUUAAUCUCCGUGCAACUUGCAGGUAUUAUACUGGAUAUCCAAAGGAUCUUGGGCCAUCAAGGGUUAUUCGUUUUACUUCAGAGCGGGAGUUUGUCCAGCUUCUUCAUCAAGGUUACCCUGUGGUUGUUGCAUUUACCAUCAAGUGUAACCUUACAAAGCAUCUUGACAAAGUUCUUGAGGAAGCAGCAGUCAACUUCUAUCCUCAUGUAAAAUUUUUGCGUGUUGAGUGCCCAAAGUAUCCUGGUUUUUGUAUAUCUCGCCAGAAGACGGAAUAUCCAUUUAUUGAGAUAUUUCAUAGUCCUGAACAAGCAAUUAAUCAUGGAAGGGUUGCUGAUCCAAAUAUUACAAAAUACUCUGUGCAAGUUUUACCUUUCAACUAUGAUGUCAGCACCUAUGGUUUCAGAGAAUUUUUCAAGCGCCAUAGCAUACAGCAUUCUGGUCCUAGGUGAAACUUUACUGAGUUCAGCUUUUUCCAAGCGCCAUGGCAUACAGCAUUCUGGUCCUAGGUGAAACUUUACUGGUUCAGCUUUAUGUAUAUACUCCAACUGCAGUAGGAUAUGGCUUCUGAACUUGGAACUCUUCUGGCGUUUAAUUUUUCUGGGGAAGAAUUUGGAGUGUACUUGAUUUGCUUGGAAUAUAUAAGUCCUGAAUUUGGCUUUCAGAUGGUUGAAGUACUUGACAAACUUGUUGCAUCAAUCCAGUACGUAAAGCACUGCUUCUUUGUUCCUCAAUGUUUUAGUUGCAAAACCAGGAAGAACAAGAGCACGAGGUGCUCUUCCUUCAUGUAGGAUUUAAUGUUUUAGCCGCUGGAAAUUUUGAAUCUUUCACGCGUUUUGCGAAUUUAAUCUUUGCUUUUGAUUUGUUCCAUACUAGUCAAGGUAAAAUAUUAUAAGCAUGCCUUACUGUACCAGUGUGCUUUGCCAUUGGAGCUCAUUUUUUACCUGAUUUAGUAGGGAUCAACCAAAAGCAAAAUAUAUAAUAUUAAGUGAAUUGGCAGUUCGAAA